AUGUACAGCUCACUGUCAUCGCUAGGCUCCGGAUCAACUAUCGCACAGGCUAUGUUAAUUUAUAUUGUUAUAGAAAAGUGUGAUCAACAAACACGCAAUAAAUGGAACGAAGCACUGAAUUUGAAUUCAUUGCCCACCUGGGAACAAUGCUCGCAAGUACUCGAACGGCACUGCCAGUUCCUGCAAUCUAGUGGAACUACGCUGCACUUAAAGUCGGAACCUGCAAGGUUACUAUCUAACGCCAAGCAAGGUCAACGCUUACAAUCAACGUUUGCCAUUUCUAAGGCGCACUGCGCUUUAUGUUCAAAUUCGGAACAUAAACUUGCAGAGUGCUCACAAUUCAAAGGUAUGAGUACCACCAACAGAUUUGAUUUCAUUAAAAAAUGUGGACUUUGUAUUAAUUGUUUGGGUACUGGUCAUCGAAUGGCACAGUGCCCUUCGAAGCAUCGAUGUCGAAGUUGCAGCCGUUCGCACCAUACAUUGCUUCACAAUGAGAGACCACCGCCGUCUCAACAGCCAUCCAUAUCGAAUUCGUCGACAACGUCGUCAUCAUCGCAACCUGUCGCUGCCAUCACGCAUUCUCAUAGCAAUCUGUCGCAAGCCGGCAAUGUCAUUUUAGCAACCGCCAUGAUUCUCGUGAAAGAUUCUUCGGGCACGUACAAGGUAGGCAGAGCAUUGCUGGAUUCGUGUUCGCAGGUUAACUUCAUAUCAGAAGAGUUUGCCCAGAAGCUUCGCCUUCAUCGAGACAAGCAACACGUUGAAAUUCGCAGUAUUGGCGACUCACGCACCAGCAUCAACUUCUGCGCCACUACUACUAUCAAAUCCCGAUUAACUUCGUUUGAACUCUCGUUGCAAUUUUGUAUUACGCCACACAUUGCGUAUCAACCCGAUUGUGAAAUUGACACUUCGCAGUGGAAUUUACCAGCUAAUACUCCACCAGCUGAUGAAUCGUUCAACAAAUCACGUCGUGUUGACCUUUUACUUGGUACGGAAACAUUUUUCGAUCUGCUAUCUGUUGGGCAAAUAAAGUUAGGGGCAAACAUACCCACCCUUCAAAAAACGUUGCUCGGAUGGGUGGUGUCCGGCAGAUACCAGAACCAUCAAGCCGCUCUACGUAAUGCAUGUAUGUUGUUAUACAACGUGUCCAUCGACACAAACCUGAAACGCUUGUGGACCAUCGACGCUGUUGAUACGCCAAGCGAUCCUCUUCAGCCUGAGCAGCGAUUGUGCGAGGAGUACUACUCAAAACCAACAUAUCAGCUCCCCAAUGGUCGUCUUGUAGUCAGCUUACCAUUUAAACAAGCAGCUGACUGCCUCGGUAACUCCAUAGAUAUUGCUCGUCGCCGAUUCCUUGGGUUGGAACGUAGACUUCUACAGUCGCCUGAGUUACGUUCGCAGUAUAUUGCAUUCAUGCAGGAGUAUGAAGAUCUUGGCCAUAUGAGACGAGUGACAGAACCAAAGCCAGCUAGCGUGUCAACAAAACUGAGGGUUGUGUUCGAUGCGUCAUGUCGCACAUCAUCGCAAUCCUCUUUAAACGAUCUGCUCUUAGUUGGCCCAUCGCUUCAAGAUGACUUGUUCAUACAGCUGCUCCGAUUUCGCCAAUUUCGCUUUGCAUUGACCGCAGACGUAACUAAAAUGUAUCGGCAGGUGCUGAUACGGCCUAGUGAACGAAGAUAUCAAUAUAUUCUCUGGAGAACAUCACCCGAUGACGAAUUGCAAACAUAUGAGUUGAAUACAGUCACUUACGGCACAGCGUCGGCUCCAUACUUGGCAGUUCGUAGUCUGCACUAUUUGGCUGAUUUAUAUAAGGAAGAGCUGCCGCUGGGGUCUUCAAUAGUCAAAUCGUCAUUUUAUGUGGACGAUUUAUUGUGCGGAGCUAAUGACAUUGAGUCGUUACGUGCAAUUAAAGCAGAAGUCACAGAAAUACUUCGUCGCGGAAUGUUCCCACUAACAAAGUGGCAUUCUAACCACCCCCAUAUUGUUGAAGUUCAAGGCUGUAAGGAAUUGGAUAUUCGUGAAGAUGCAGUAUCUAGUGCACUAGGUACAACUUGGAACCAAGAAAGCGAUAUGUUUCUUUUUACAUUCACUCCUAAAGCAAACAGUAACAAG